GGGCAGCUCUCAAAUGGGCCCCCUGCAGAUGUCAGACAAACUACAGCAAAGAGAGUGGGGGUAGGAAAGCAGCAGUAGCUCCUGGAGGUGAGAAUAAACCAGCCAUGGUGACAAUGGGACUGGACAGCAGAGGGGCGCAGCAGUUUGAGCCCUCAGCCUGCUGUGUACAAAAGGCAAAGCUGGAGCCUGAAACAAGAUCCCAGCCCCAGCAAAAUGGACCAUUUCCAAGUAUUUGAAAAGUUCCAAACAGCUGUGGGGAGGAAGAAAACUCUCAGAACCCGCAGCAAGGCAGAGCAAGACAGACACACAGACAAGGUCUCCUCUGGAGCAGAAGAGGCACCGAGCGGGUGCGAGCGCUGAGGGCCCGGGUGGGGCAGACUGGGCAGCUCCACAGGCUCCUGCUGCUGAGCCAUGUCUGAGGAAAACACUCCUUCGAGAUACUUGACAAGACUUGCCCACCCAGAAGACUGCCAAGAAACCAGUGCAGCUGUAAGUCCUGUUCUGCGGGAGCAGGAAGACACAGGACACAUCCCAGGGGACGGCAGUGACAGCUGUGCUUCCUCCGGGGACUCACCAGCAAACCCACCCUGCCCACAGCACCACCCCGCAGAUCUGAGGAUGCUGAUGGCCAGACAGAAGGCUGAGUAUGAAUCUAAAAUUGCAAGGCUGGAGCAGCAGAACAGAGCCCUGCAGCUGGAGAUCCAGGGGAUGCACUGGAAACUGGGACAGCAGCGUAAGUGGUACAGGCUGGUGGAGAUGAAGAUGAGAAAUGCAGAGAGAGCAAAGGAAGAUGCAGAGAGAAGAAACGAAAUGCUCCAAAAAGAAAUGGAGGAGUUCUUUGAAACCUUUGGGGAAAUGAACAGGUGGAAAUAAACAGGAGUGUGUCAGUUCUGAAUGGAGCUGUGGGAGAGAGAAAGGCCUCACCUCGGGUUCAGAGGUGAAAUAUGAAACCUAAACAGGAAAACCUUGGCUGUCAAUUAUAUAACAGUGGGAUCCCUGAACUCCAGGAUUUUCUCUUACCAUUGGAAAAAACUUUCAGAUACUUUGCAGUACCCCCUCCCAAGCCAGCCUGUGCAGCCUGGGGAAGCACUCUGGUAUUUUUCGGGUCACUCUGAGUGAUGCUCUAAAUGCCUCAGUGGUUUUAAUCCAGGGAUGUCAGGCUUGCUGGAGUGUUUUACCAGCCACCCCAGAGGUGCCAGUUAUUACAUGGGCUUCAGAAGGGUGCUCAGCUCUCACCUGCACCCCAAAUCAGCUGUUUCAGUUAGAGACAGAGAAACAAUGACACACAUACUGCACCUCCUUACAGGACUCUGGGAUCCAGAGCUCCUGUUCCUCUCACUGAAGGGAUAUUCAUCCAUGGAGAAGGAGGAGAUCCCUUACAAAGCCAUUUGCUCCUCUGGAUUACAAUUAGCUUCCCUACAGCACUCACAUAAGAACACAUUAGUCUUAAGACUGUCACUGGUAGGGUCCCUCCCUUCUAAGCCACCUCUCUCUACACAAGAAUUGUGUUAAUUAUCUUGAUACAGCAUUAAUGACACUUACACAGCUAAAUAUCAACACAAUAACCACUGUUCUUUUAACCUGUUCCAGAAGUUUCAUGUGAACAAACAGCAUCUCUUACUUAAAACUUAAGUACCAACUUAAAAUUAUACUUUGUAUGAUAAAAACACGUGGUAUGUUAUUCGCUCUUCCAGCAAGAUUAAAUGUAAGAGUGGCCACCUACCUGAGAGCUCAGUGUCUCCAUAAAGCAGCUGAUGGUGUGUAAGCAGAAACCACACAGAUGUUUCUCUUCUUCCCCACAGAAGAAAAAGCAGCUUGUUUUAAGAUCAAAUACGAAUGAAUCAAAAAAACCAGUCCUACCCCACAAGGCCCACAGAGUGUGACAGCCCUGUUCUAUUCCAAGCCCCAGCAGUGUUGCAGGCUCUUCAUUCCCAAGUGCCCCCCAGCCAACCCCUUCCAUGCACUCGUGCAAAUGCAUCACUGAACAACAGCCUGUUUCUUUGCCACCUUACCUUCACACCAAGCAAGCACAGAUG